AUGCCUCGCCAACUUCCUGCUGACUGUUUGAAUGAAAUAUUUGAGAAAUUAGAAGACAAAACUAGCUUAUAUUCGUGCUUGCUUGUUAAUCGUCUUUGGAGUGAAGUUUCUGUUGGAAUCCUAUGGAGAAAUGUUUGGAAUUAUAAUACUUUAAUUAAUUGUCUUCCCAAAGAAUCAAAAGAAGCUUUAUAUAAGAAUGAAAUUAUUAUGAAUCCAUCAUACUCGAAACCACUCUUUAAUUAUGUAUCGUUUAUUAGACGUCUUUCGAUUGAUGAAAUUUUUAGAAAAAUUGCUAAUAUCCUUAGAAAUUAUUAUCCUCUCGCUCAACAAAUCCUUAUAGAUAUCAAGUGUGUAGUAAUAAUUGAGGAAUUAUUUAAAAUGCUUAUGAGCCGAAUUUCUUUAAAGAAACUUAAUAUUCGAUCAAAUAUUAUUCCAAAUUUUUUAUUUUUCUUUUAUCCUGGAGCAAUCAAUAGUUUCAAAUACCUUUCGGCGUUUGGCUGUUGUUCAGAUAUCUGUCCAGAAUAUUUUUAUCAAUUAUCUCAAAUGUGUCAUAAUGUGGAAUUACUGAGCAUCACUCUUAAACCUGUUAUUUCGGAUGGAUUAACUGAUUUGAUUUCUGUUCAACAAAAUUUAAAGAGUAUUAAAAUAUAUCAAUCAUAUAAAUGUAAAAGUUUGACAAGAAUAAUUCCCUUUUUAGCCAAACAUUCAAAUACCUUAACCAAAGUAAAUAUCAAUGGGGUUUAUGAUGAAUCAUUACUAUUUCUCGUUAAUUCGAUAAAUUUGCAAGAACUUGUAUUAUAUCAUUAUAAUGAUUUUUUCGAAGAUUUUAAAACGUUACAACAUAUUACCUUUCCACAAUUACGAGUUUUAAAAUUUAAACAUCAACAUAUAAAUCAAGACUAUUUCAUUAAAUUCUUAGAAAAUAAUGGAAAGAACUUGGAGGAAUAUUAUGGAAUUAAUAAUAAUACAAUAAAUUUAUCAAUUGGUAAAUUUUGUUCAAAUCUGAAAUUAUUAUGUACUACGUUUAUGAGGAAUGAAUCGGAAGCGUUAAUAGUAAUUUUAAGUAAUUGUCAUCUAUUAGAAGGUAUUAAAGUUUUAUGUGGGAAUUAUUAUUUAAAUGAAAGUGAAUUGUUGGAAGUUGUCGCAAAGCAUUCACCUAAACCUUUCUAUAAAUUAACAUUAUUUUAUGCAUAUAAAUCACUUUCAAAAUUAUUGCCAAAAGAGUUGAAAUCCUUUUUUACAAGUUGGAAGGAUCGUACACCACAAAAAUCACUUAAUUUUGCUAUCAAUACAAGACAUGCUAUGAAUAAUUUAGACUUCAAAAAAGAAAAUAUGAAUGUGAUUGAAAAAUUUGUUAAAUUAGGUGUUAUUAAAAAAUUUAGUAUGUUAGAUUGA